AUGGAAGGGGAACCGUUACUGGAUCUGGGUCACCUGACUGAGGUGGAGCAAAUAGUUAUUCUCAACGUGCUGCUGAAAGAUGCUCAACUGCGCAGCAAAGAGGAAGGGAGAGUACGCAAGCUUCACCAGACAGAGUCAAACGCUGUCCGUCUGCGCUCCUUUUCUGGUGCAUGGUUUCAUGAAGAGCGCGCUAAGAGAUAUCAAAAAGGAGGGGCUGAUGUUGUGCAUGCAUCUAUACGUCGAAAGAAGCAUGAUACAGAUGUACCUCUGGCGGCAGUAUUUGAUGGAGAAAAAAAUAAUAACUCCACUUUAUUACCUGAGCAGCAAGAAGAAGGAAGGAGUACAGAGGAAGAAGUGCAUGCAAAUAUAAGUUCAACAGUGGAUGGCAAGGGUCAGGAAGAUAAGGAAAGAGAAAAGGAAAAUGAGAAAAGUCCCAUUCCCAGGGCGGCCAGUGAACCCAGCCCUAGGACAAGACACAUCAUAAAGGAUAUAAUGCAGUCCCAUGUUGACAGCAUCAUCCACAGGCCUGUUUGCUCGCUAAGCAAACUGAAAGGGUCAUGCAGGGGUCCAGUUAUGUCCUUCAGAUAUGUGAAAGUUUACCUUCUCCCAGACAACACAUCACGCAGUAAGAAAAAAACUGCAGUAAAGAGGAAAACAUUAAAUCCAGUCUACGAUGAAACCAUGAAACACAAAGUGUGCAGGCUGGACCUCCAGGCUCGUGUAUUGAGUAUGUCUGUCUGGCACAUGGAGAGAAUGAGAAGAAACCUCUUCCUGGGGGAGGUGGAAGUGAGGCUGGGUCAGUGGGAUUGGAGCCAGAGCCAACCAACCUGGCACAACCUCCAGCCAAGAGUUCGAAUAAGUCCAGAUGCCAUCAUCAGUAGGGGGACAAUUCUGUUCUCUAUUAAGUUUAUACCUUCAGGCUCAGUGGAAGGUGGUUAUCCACUGACUGGUGAGCUGCAUAUUUGGUUGAGAGAGAUUGUUGGUCUCCUUCCCACAAAACGUAGGGCACCCAGUGCAUAUGUAAAAAGUGUGGUACUGCCAGAUGAAAGUGGUGUAAGUGGCCAACAGACUCGUGUGGUACGGGGUUCUGUCAAUCCACUGUUCAACCAUACAAUGGUUUAUGAUGGGUUUCAGUCCAGUGACCUCAUUCAGGCCUGUGCUGAGAUAACUGUGUGGAGCCCACAGCCCUCCAGCUGUCUGGGUGGAGUACGACUCAGCACUGGUUCAGGUGUGAGUUACGGUCAGUCUGUUUGCUGGAUUGACUCUACAAAAGAGGAGAUUAGUGUGUGGUCAAGUGUUAUUCAGUGCCCUAACAGCUGGGUGGAUGCUAGUCUGUCAGUCAGAACCAACUUACAGCUCUGCUUGGAGUAAACUGUUUUUAACUUAUGCAGAUACAACAUGUAACCUUGGCUGUGCACAUUCAGAGCAAUUAAUCAUUCC